GAAUUAAAAAACAAAACAUACACAAAAAUGCAAACAAUAGUAGAAUUAAGUUAAGCCAAAUAUUAAUUGACCGAUGUAGUUGUGUUCAAUUUCUUUCAUGUUCGUACUUUUCCAAAUUCUCUGUAUUUACAGUUUUUCUACAAUAAACAUGCUUUAAUGUGAAGAAAAACCGUGAUUAGUUAUCAUUUUGGUUUUAUUUCAAUAUUGUUUUCUUUUGUGGAUGGGUUUUUUUUUCUUUUUACUAACAUUAUGUGUGAUGCACGUACUUUCUUAUUAACAAAUGCGCAAUGUACAUAUUAUUGCUUUGCAAUUGCUUUCGAUAUUUUAUUUUUUGAAUAUUUACAGAUUGAACCGGCAAAAUGUCUCAUGGUGCAAACAUAACAGUAACUCGGACAGUUACAACAUCCAAUCCAAAUGUUAUCAUCAUCAACAAGGGUUAUUUGAAAACACUUUCCGGAGCUUUGAAAAUCGUUCAACUUAUUUUGGGUGGCGUUGUCAUUGGUCUUCUCUUGAAGAACUUCUACGAUUAUCCCUACUAUAAUUUUCACAAUAACCAUCCGUAUAUCCCGCAUUACGGUUAUAAUGUGCACGUCACUGAAGUUUUACUGGUUUUGGUGUUGGCUGUGGUCUUUUUCAUUCUUUCCGCCUGUUUAUUGUUGUCUUGCAUCUUUUCUCUGAGCACCGGUGGAUUGAUAUCCAAAACACUUUAUGAAUUUUUAUAUCAUCUUGUUGGAUUCAUUUUACUGCUCAUUGCAUCGAUUUUACUGUAUGUGAAGAUAAACAAAUAUAAUCUUGUGUACUAUGAUUACUAUCUCGCAGCAGUGAUUGUAUGCGGCGUGAACUCUAUUCUAUAUCUUGCAAGUACAGUUGUUGCUUUUCGUGAGUAUCGUAAUUAAUUCAAGAAGGAAGAUUACAAAUUAAUCCAGUUCAUAUAUCCUAUCAUUGUUUGAGUUUGUUUGUGUGUGGUUUUAAUUAUUGCUUUAAAGAUUUAAAAAAAUGUUGAUGCUAAUAAAAAGGUGAAAUUCACCAUGAUGUUUUGAUGUGUUAA